AGGACUACCUGUGCUACCAUGCUCCAACCCUCCAGUCCCUCCGUGUCACCACUCUGGAGACAAAAUGAGUGCUGAUUAUUUUGGAUUCUCCUGGUUGCGCAGCGAUCAUCAGCAGAGAAGUAAAAAUGAUGUGGUUCUCAACAAUGCAGCGGAUAUAUCCGUUAUCGUCAUUUACUUUUUGGUUGUUCUCGCAGUGGGAGUAUGGGCUAUGGUUCGAACCAACCGAUCCACAGUGGGUGGAUUCUUCCUGGCUGGACGCAGCAUGGUGUGGUGGCCGAUUGGAGCAUCCCUUUUUGCUAGCAAUAUCGGCAGCGGCCAUUUUGUUGGCAUCGCCGGUACAGCUGCUGCGGGAGGGAUAGCCAUCGGUGGAUUUGAAUGGAAUGCGCUUGUCGUGGUGGUCAUUUUAGGAUGGCUCUUCGUUCCUAUCUAUAUCAAAGCCGGGGUGGUGACCAUGCCAGAGUAUUUGAAGAAAAGGUUUGGAGGCCAGCGCAUUCGUGUCUACCUCUCUGUGCUGUCCCUCUUCCUGUAUGUCUUCACCAAGAUCUCCGCAGACAUGUUCUCAGGGGCUAUCUUCAUCAACCUAGCAUUGGGACUCAACAUCUACCUGGCUGUCAUAUGUCUUCUACUGAUAACUGCUCUGUACACAGUCACAGGGGGCCUGGCCGCAGUCAUCUACACAGACACCCUGCAGACCAUCAUCAUGGUGGUGGGAUCCUUCAUCCUCAUGGGCUUCGCAUUUAACGAGGUGGGGACCUACGACGACUUUCAGAGGCUCUACAUGCAGGCCGUGCCCAACAUCACCGGUAAUAUCAGCGCGGAGUGCUACGAGCCCCACGCCGACUCCUUCCACAUCUUCAGGGACGCCGUCACAGGAAACCCGCCAUGGCCAGGCCUGAUAUUUGGACUGACCAUCCAGGCCGUCUGGUACUGGUGCACGGAUCAGGUGAUUGUCCAGCGCUGCCUCUCGGCCAAGAACCUGUCCCACGUGAAGGCGGGCUGUAUCCUGUGUGGCUACCUGAAGCUCCUGCCCAUGUUCCUCAUGGUGUUCCCCGGCAUGAUCAGCAGGAUCCUCUACCCCAACGAGAUUGCGUGCGUGGAUCCCGCUGAAUGCCUGAAGUUCUGUGACGCCAGCGUGGGCUGCACCAACAUCGCCUACCCCAAGCUGGUGGUGGACCUCAUGCCCAACGGUCUGAGGGGUCUCAUGCUGUCGGUGAUGCUGGCGUCUCUGAUGAGCUCGCUGACCUCCAUCUUCAACAGUGCCAGCACCCUGUUCACCAUGGACAUCUACACCAAGUUCCGCCGCACCGCCUCUGAGAAGGAGCUCAUGCUCGCUGGCAGGGUGUUCAUGCUGGCCCUCAUUGGCGUGAGCAUCGCCUGGAUCCCCAUCGUCCAAUCGGCGCAGAGCGGCCAGCUGUUUGACUACAUCCAGUCCGUCACCAGCUACCUGACCCCGCCCAUCGCCGCCGUCUUCAUUCUCGCCGUCUUCUACAAACGUGUCAACGAAACGGGUGCGUUCUACGGCCUAAUGAUCGGCCUGGCCAUCGGCCUCUCCCGGAUGAUCGCCGAGUUCGCCUUCGGGACGGGAACCUGCGCCCAGCCCAGCGACUGUCCCGAAAUCAUCUGUGGCGUGCACUACCUCUACUUCUCCAUCAUCCUCUUCGUCAUCUCCUGCAUCCUCAUCGUGGGAAUCUCCCUGGCAACCAAGCCUAUCGACGACAAACACUUGUACCGGCUGUGCUGGAGUCUCAGAGACCGUACGGAGGAGCGGAUCGACCUGGAGGAAGAAGACUGGGUCGACAACCAGGACUCGGCCUCCAUGGAUGUGGAAGAGCCGUCGGAGGCGCCCGGCAUAUUCAAGAAGGCCCUGAUGUGCUUCUGUGGCCUGGAGACAGAGAAGGCCCCCCGCCUCAGUGCGGAGGAACAGGCGGAGAUGCAGAGGAAGCUAACGGACACCUCGGAGAAGCCUCUGUGGAGGAACGUCGCCAACGCCAACGCCCUCAUCCUGCUGUGCGUCUGCGUCUUCCUCCACGGCUUCUUCGGCUGAGGACGCCGAUACGUGGAUGCGUUUUUCUCCCUGAGAAUGACCUGAUUGGCAGCCGGUCAGGGGACUGAACUCGGGACAAAGUGAAUCUCUCUCUCUCUCUCUCUCUCUCCAUCUCUCUCUGUCUCUCUCCCUUUCUCUCUCUACCUCUCUGUCUCUCUCUCCCUCUCCCUCUCCCUCACCCUCUCUCUCUCACACUCUCUACCACUCUCUUUAUCU